GGCGUCCCAGGAAUGAAAAAGAUACAAUAUACGGUUAUAUUUUUUUACCAUUUAUUUCAUAAGAACAUUCUAUGGCGACAUAGGGGCAGGACAGGACAUUGUUAGGACUGUUUUCUAUAUAUCAUGAGAAUGGUCUUUUGACUGACGGAGAUAUACACAUUUAUUUAUUUUAAUUACCUUGUAAUUUGUAUCUACAUGUUUUCUGCUAGCAUCCUUACUUUUGUAGUAGGAACAUUGUGUGUUCUCCUUUAACCAGCAAGUUUCCAUUGAUUUUAUUUUUGAUUAAAACCUGCAGAAAAGCCAUCGUUUUUCCCACUUUUAACGUAUCAGCUUCGAUCAGUAUUUCUUCGCCCUCUUUAAUUCCUUUCAAAUAUGAAACGUUUAUAUUUACAGACACACUGGGAUGGUUCCCUUUUUCAUGGGUAAAGAGAGCAUGACUCGAGAUGGUGUCUACUAAACUCGCUGCAAAUCCUGCUUGCAUUGUUCCCAUGGAAUUCGUGUGUUCUUCUUUCACUUUUAACGUAGCUGUGCAUCUUCCUUUGCCCAAUUCCACAAGGUUUAUUGCUUUCAAGCAUUUGUUAAACCUCUUUGUUGUUUCUAGUAGGUUUUUGAACUGUUUAGCGUCGAUUGCUAAUUUGGCCAUUUUGUUUGUAUUACAUUUGAUAUUUUACUCAUUUUUAUCGAAUACAUUUUGGUAAAUAAUUAUGCAGCUUUUUUUAUCGUGUAAAAGUCCUUGAUCCUUAAUAGAUUAAAAAGCAGGACCGGCGUAAGUACAAAGAUGUCCGAAUUUAAUGAUUAAUAUGUCGUUAAUUUAAUGCAGUUAUGUAAAUGAAGAUAAUAUUACUUUUUUUAUGUAUAUAAAGUUUUUGUGCAUAAUGUAAAAAUAGUCAAUAAUUUGAAUCAUUUUUUGUAAGAAAAAUUACUUUAACUACGCCUAUGUUGAGCAAAUAGCAAUGUCAUUGGCCCUAAUAAAAAUGUAUAUGAACCAAUGAGAGAAUAGAAAUAAAUUGACACAGAAAUUAACUGACAAGAACAAGGCAGCCUAAUGAUCGUUAAUUUACCUUUAUUUUUAUUUCGAAUCAUACACAUUCGUAUCUAAAUAAUCCUGAAGCAAAUGAAUUAUUCCACUAUUAAUUUUUCAUUACUAACUUCAUUUGGUAGAACGUAGAACCCCCGCUUUGACACUUUUGACAGUAUACAUUGACAAUUGACACAUUAUUUUUAAAUUAAAUUUAAAAGAAGAUUUGGAGGGCUUCUGUUUGUUUAUUUCCAAUUCUUCAGAUUUGGUGUCCAAAAAAUGUUUACAAAACGUUUCAGAGUGCAUGUAAACGAGUCUAUCAGUUGAAAGUAUCGUCUAACAAACCUUCCACAAUGUCCAGGAGACAGAGACAGAAACCGUUCUUCGAUAUGAACGAAGCCGAUCAUACUCCGGCGAAGAAAAAGAAAACCACCGACGAUACCGAGGACGACGGAGCGGAAGAGUCCGGCCGGAGCGCCGGCUUCAUAAACCGCAUAACGCUCAAGAAUUUCAUGUGCCAUUCCUUGUUGCAGGUCGAUUUCACGAACAACGUGAGCUUCAUCAUUGGCAAAAACGGCAGCGGCAAGAGCGCCAUCCUAACGGCUCUAAUCCUAGGAUUAGGAGGUAAAUCGAGCCUCACUAAUCGCAGCAGCAACGUGAAAGGUUUCAUAAAAUUCGGACAAUCCUCGGCCAGCAUAAACAUAGAGUUGCAUAACGAAGGAUCGAUGGCUUAUAAACCGGAGGUAUACGGUAAUACAAUUACUGUUAUACGUACAAUCAGCUCGAGUGGUUCGAGCACGUACAAAUUAAAAUCUGUAAAUGGCGAAACGAUCUCGACUAGCACCAGAGAAUUAACGAACAUUAAGCUGAGCUUAAACAUACAAAUCGACAACCCCGUUUGUGUAUUAAACCAAGACGUAUCGAGGAAUUUCUUAAGUACAAACAACCCGAAGAACAUGUUCGCUAUAUUCAUGAAAGCCACUCGGCUGGAGUUUUUACUCGAAGAGUACGAACGCCUCGAAACCAACAAAAACGAAUCGGUGAGAAUCCUAGGAGAGAAAAUGGAGCAAUUGAAUCGAUUGAAAAACGAAAUAACCCAACUCGAAGCGAAGAUAAAAGACUACAAGCAAAUAUCCCAGCUGAAAGACGGGAAAUUGUUGCUCAAUUGCGAACUAGUCUGGGCGAAAGUGAAAGAUUUCGAAAGCGAGCUCGAGGAGAUUCGAUCGAGACACGAAGUCGCACGAGAAAAGUUCAACAAUUUCAAACUCAAAUCGGCCAAACGGGCAGACGAAUUGAAAGAACUCGACGAUGCCAACAACAAACUCAAACGAGAAAUAUCCAAAUUAACCGAAGAAAUACAAGCUCUAAAACAACCCGAACUAGCCCUUCGAUCCGAAUUAGACGAACUAUCGAGGAAAAUCUCCAACAAAAAACGCGAGAAACAAACCGUUGUAAUCACCAUACAAAACAAACGAAGGGACAUCAAGUCCCUGAACGAUAACAUAGCUUCCUGGAAAGACCAAAUGUCCCAAGCCGAAUUGGAGAAAGUCCAAAAAAUCCAGAAACUCGAAGGCUACAAAUCCAAACUGAAGGGAUUCGACGAUCACCUCGAAACCAUCAAAAACGAUUUGUUCCUGAUACGAGGCGACCUAUCCCAUAGGGAAAAGGAGGAAACGGAGAUCAGGAACGAAGCCGACCGAUUGGCCCGAGAGCUGAACGAAAAGAGGAACAAUUUGAACGCCAUCAGCGCCGAAUCCACCAAUAAGUUGCUGUUAUACGGAAGGCAAGUGCCCAGAAUUAAGGAGAUGAUCAAACAGUACGGGAGCCGGUUUAAAAAGACCCCUAAGGGACCGUUGGGGUCCUACGUUACCAUUAAAGAUAAAAAGUGGACUGUAGCUGUCGAAGGCGUCAUCGGUCCUGCUGUGCUCAAAGCUUUCAUCGUCGACAACGUGCAGGACAACAAGCUUCUGAUAGAAAUUUUCACGAAAGUGCUAGGCCCCACUUCCCAUCCGCUAAUCAUUACAUCGGAAUUCGUUGGGAAGAAGCACGAUGUAUCCAGGAACUUGGUACAAGAACCGAAGGGCUGUCGAAGCGUCUACAACGCCAUCGACAUCGAAGAUCCCGUCGUUUCCAAUUGCAUAGUGGACAAUUGCGGUCCGGAGAAUAUACUUCUUGUACCGUCCAAUGAUAUGGCUCAGCAGUUGCUCUCCGAGAGGCGAAACGUGCCGAGGAAUUGUUAUCAGGGCAUCACGGAAAACGGUGAUAUUUAUUACCCGGAUCCUAAUUAUAGGACUUAUGCAUCGAUGUACCACAGGGCUCAGUAUUUGCAGGUCGAUACUAAGGAAUACAUUAGGGAAUUGAAGGAGACUAUUGAGAAUUUGGAGAAUAAACAUCGAAAUGCUACACAGCAAUUGAAAACGUUCCAGCAAGAUACACACAAAAAAGUGACCAGGCAACGCGAAUUGGAAGAAAAAGUACGAAGCGUAACCCAAGCCAGGGCGACGAUCAGAAAUCGAUUGGACGAGCUGAGCUCGAGCACAGUACCUGAGGCUCAGAACGUCAGAUUCCUCGAAGAGGACCUCGACAAGUGCCUGAAAACCGUCGAGGAAAAACUCGCCGAACUCGAGACCAUCAACGCAGCAAUAGACACAUUAGAAGCCUCCAUUCGAGAGAAACAAGACGAAUGUUCCGACGCCAAAAACUCUGCAAAACAAUACGAAGAACGAGUGCGGACAUUAAACGAAGAAAUCCGCGAAAACUCGGUGAAAAAGAACGAGCUGUGCACAAACCACGACUACACAUCGAGAUUAUCAGAGGAGCUGAAUAACAGAGCAGCCAAAAUCGAGGCCGAGUUGCAAAUCAAGCGCAAGGAAGUGGAGAAAUACUCGAACGAAGCCAGCAAAGUAGGCAACCGGCCUGCCUAUCUCCGAGAAGUCAACGUAAUAGUAAACGAAAUCGAAAAGAUCAAGCACAAAAUCACCAGCAUCGAAGUCUACACGGAGAACAUCGAUGAUUUAAUCGGUAAACACAAGGAGCUGUCUCUCACUUACACCAAUUCGGUGGAUUUCAUCAACACUUUAGACUCCACCGUGAACGUUUUAUCGGAGGGUCUUUCGAGGCGAAGCAAACACUACAAACUCACCGAGAACUUCUUCACCAUGUUCAUGAAGAUCUCGUUUAAGAAGAUACUGGAAUCCAGGCAGUUCAAGGGCGAUUUGGAGAUCGAUUUGAAAGGGAAAAAAAUAGGAUUGACUGUGAUACCUCAACACGGGUCUCAAGGGCAUUCGAACACUUCGAAUCUAUCGGGGGGCGAACGGAGUUUUUCUACAGUGUCUUUUUUGUACGCUUUGUGGCAGUGCACCGAUUUGCCGUUUUAUUUUCUCGACGAAUUCGAUGUGUAUAUGGACAAAUUGAACCGGGCUAAAAUCAUCGAUAUACUUUUGCAUCACGCCAAAUCGAGGCCUUAUCUUCAGUUUGUGUUUCUGACGCCGCAGGACGUUUCGUUUUUGGGCGACGACGUGACCGUUUUGAAGCUGGAAGAUCCCAGAAAGAAUAAUAAUAGUAGGUGAAUUUAAGAUGAGUCGUUUUGUAAAUUGUAUUUUUUUAUACGAGUUUAUUGUUUUAUUUCUUAUUGAUGAAUUAUUGGCAUUUUGUAUAGUUUUAUGGAUUAGUUCUCCAGAACCAAAAAUAUACAUAGAUGUUGAAGUGUGAAUAUUGUUUAAAAAUGUUUUCAUUAAAG